CUUUUCCAAAGAUAUUUUUCCUUAGGUCCUUAAUCCUAAUAUAUAGCUAAAUAUACAUCCAUGUAAAAAGGAUAUCGUAUUCCCUAAAUGCAGUAAGCCAAGGAAGAGAACAGAUAUAAUAAACAAAACGAAAAUAUAAAAAUCAUGGGCAUUCCUGGGUUAUGGGACGAAUUUCGAGAUUGCUAUCGUGAAACGAAUCUUUUAGAGCUCUCUACGACUUGCUGGAAUACCGAAAAACGCUGCCUAAAAAUUGCUGUUGAUGCAGCUAUAUGGUCGGUACAGAUUCAGGCUAGUCAAGGUGGUACCAAUCCAGCAUUAAGGACGCUAUUUUAUAGACUUUGUCAUUUCCUUGAAUGGGGUAUUAACGUUGUAUUUGUAUUCGAUGGUCCAAACAAACCUCCUUGGAAAAGGAAUCGCCAUAUUCGAUCAGAUGUCUCAAAUGACUCAGGGAAUUACCGGUCAAUGAAGCAUCUCAUUCAGCUUUUUGGAAUGCAGGUAUGGAAUGCUCCAGGAGAAGCUGAAGCUGAGUGUGCGAAACUUCAAAGACUGGGAUUGAUUGAUUAUGUUUUGACGGAAGAUGUUGAUGCUUUCGCUUUUGGAGCUACUAAAGUUAUAAGAAAUGGUUCUGACGCAAAGAAACCAUUUUUUAAAGUCAGGAUUUACGAAAUGGAGAAGAUAACUGAAGAACUCAGCGUCAAUCAUACUGGUAUUAUAUUGAUCGGCUUGAUGAGAGGAGGAGACUACCAUUUAAAAGGUAUAGAGCAUUGUGGUCUUCAAACAGCGAUAGGAGCUGCUAAGCUAGGCUUUGGUGAUUCUUUAGUUUCUUCAGACAGUCUGAAUAGCUGGAGGAGUCAAUUACAAAACUGCAUCCGAACAAAUAAGAACAACACUUUUGGCUAUAAACGGCCAAACUUCACUAUCGAGCAAGGGUUCCCAGACCCUUUAGUAAAGCAUUACUAUACAAAUCCAGAAAUCUCUUCCGAACAUAAGUUAAAAGCUCACUUUUCCCAAGUCGAGUGGUCUCAAAAACCUGAUAUUCAAGCUUUGUAUACUUAUGCCCAAAGGCGAUUUCAAUGGAUAAACCUACAUGGGAAUAUUAAGUUUGUAAAUAAUAUAGCUUAUCCUUUACUCAUUUUUGAAGUUCUCCAUUCUACUGCUAAAGACUCAAAAUACUAUAAGGCGUCUCAUAAGACACGAAGACAGAAAUCUACCGGCAUGAUAUUAGAAAAACAAAUUACUUUCUAUCCAAACAAGUUUUUGAAUUGUGAAUGGUGCACCGAAACGAACGUAAAUGAUAAUGAGGCCAAUACUUCACUAAUGAAUCAAUGGAGGUUACUUUUGAAAGAGAGUACAGCAUGGGUCCCCGCCUGCUUCAUAAAAACCGAUUCAUAUGCAAACAUUUCCCAGUUUUUUGGAAGAACAAAUUCAGAUUUAGGACGUUUAGUUCAGAAAACCAAGCGACUGUCUUUGGAUCCAGAAGAAAGUGGUAAAUCCAUGUACGUUGGGAGAGAAAAAACUACAGUUACUAGAAAGCCACCAACUCUUCUUUCAACAAACUUGUUUUCAAAAUCACAUAAGGAAUUACCUUCUUCACGAACAUUACUGCAAGCAACCGAUGAUUCUUUUACGGAUGAUGAUCUUCCAAAAGUUCAUGAGGUCCUUCCUAAAAGCCCUAAAAAAGCAGGAAGCAGCAAACAAGAUCAACUUGGCAGUCGACAUAGUAAAGAUUCGACUAUCAAAUCCAUGAAAAGUUUAUCAAAAGAUCAAUUACUAAAAAGAAUAUACAUUAGAGAAAGCCUUAAUGGGACUUGGAAGGAAGAUUUAGGGACAAGCGGACGGAGGAAAAUGUAUGAGAAUAUACCCAUUAUUGACUUGUCUUGAUGUUUUUAUAUAACUUUUUGAAACGCUGUAUGAAAAUUUAUCGUUAAGAUUCUAAAAAGACCUGUAACCGAUGUAACAAAUUCAUCCAUUUAACACGUAUCCGAUUCUGGCUGGAAGCGUUACCUUUUUUGUUGUUAUUUAUAAUGAAAGAAAUCUCUCGAAAAAGCAACUCCUUCUGUCUUUCUUUUUCUUUUGGUGAUAGUAAUUUUUGUGAAUGCAUCAAGUGCUUCAUCCAUCUCUGACAAACUCUUUCUAGUAAACCUGGCUUCUUAAUUUUUUUAUAAAAUGCAAUUACCUUUUGAUAUAUUUUAGGAUAAGGGAUUCGAUCUUUGUUCAAUAGAUAAUACAUUCGAGAAUAUAUAUCUGGAUAGCUGUUAUUGGUAAUUCCAGCGGCAG